GUCCCAUCGCGGCACGCAUCACGGCAACAGCAGGCGACAGUUUGCGUCUGCUAUCAGUAGAGUGCGAGUCAUUGGCAGACUUUACAGCUGUUUCAUCUCUUUGUCCCCUCCGUGUUUCGGCAAUAAAAACAGCGUACUGGCGUGCGGCGGUGCUAGAGUAAAACUACAAUGUCAUUCACCGCAUUAACGCGUAGGUUUAAAUCUGGCAUACGUGUAUCGCCAAAAACUUUCCACGGCGUACAUGGCGAGCACACUUCCAGUUCAGUACAAGCACCCUCAACGUGCCGACCUGAAGACCCGUUGAAAGGAAUUCGGGUGCUCGACCUAACUAGGAUAUUGGCGGGCCCGUACUGUUCCAUGAUUCUUGGUGACUUGGGUGCCGAGAUCAUCAAAAUCGAAAGACCAGGUGUCGGAGACGAAACACGAAAUUGGGGACCGCCUUUUCUUGAAGAUCAAAGCUGCUAUUUUCUGUCAGUAAACAGAAACAAAAAGAGCGUAGCCGUUGACUUGAAAAGCGUCGAAGGCGUUAGUCUGAUAAAGAAGAUUGCUGGAACCUCUGAUGUGCUGCUAGAAAACUAUCUUCCUGGAAAACUGGAUUCCCUUGGUCUCGGAUACAAAGAUAUUAGGGCUGUCGCUCCUCAGAUUAUCUACUGCUCCAUAACCGGUUACGGACAAAAAGGACCGUACAGAGAUCGUGCAGGCUAUGAUGUCAUAGCUGCCUCGAUGGGAGGUCUGCUGCACAUCACAGGACCACGUGGAGGCGAACCGUGUAAAGUCGGUGUGGCAAUCACAGACUUGGCAACUGGCCUGUACGCUCACGGAGCAGUCAUGGCUGCACUUCUGCAGCGAAACCGCACGGGCAAGGGACAAUGGAUUAACUGCAAUUUAUUUUCAACUCAAGUGUCUGUGCUGGCCAACAUAGCUUCCAACUACCUAAACGCUAACCUUGAAGCCAGCCGCCAUGGUACAAGUCACGAAAGCAUUGUGCCAUAUGCUGCAUUUGAAACGCUCGACGGCUACAUCACAGUGGGAGCUGCAAGUGAAGGCCAGUUCAAGGUCUUUUGCAGAGUCCUUGAUGUUAGUGAGCUUCUGUCUGAUCCUCGGUUCAAGGAUAAUCCAAGCCGUGUCCAAAACAGGGAUGUCCUCAUUGAAAUUCUGAAUAAAAGGUUUAAACUGAAGACGACACAAGAGUGGCUGCAGCUUUUUGAAGGUUCGGGCAUACCAUACGGCCCCAUCAACACCAUUCGGCAAGUGUUUGAAGAUCCUCAGGGCAAGGAAAUGGUCGUAAAGGUUCCACACAAGACUGCUGGCACGGUGUCCUUAGUCGGUCCUGCUGUGGAGUUUAGUGAUGGCGUGAACAAAGCGCGAUCAGCGCCACCUCUACUUGGAGAGCACACAGAUGAAGUACUGUCAGAGUACCUCACUGCAGAAGAGAUUGUCAGACUUCGAGCCAAGAAAAUCAUAGCAUGAGACAGUCUUGUUGAAAAUGUUGGACGCUGCGCAGUUUCGAACAAACUCGGUGUUCUUAGGUAUGACACAAAUGAAUACCAACUAUGGUUGUAUAAAGCUUUUAAAUACUGCACAGUCUGCUAGUUAUUACUGGUGUGAAUACAAGCACAUUUAUCAAGA